GUGCAUUCCCAUUACAGUACAAUCUUUUUGUAUUUCAAAGAAACUUGAAAAUGCAGACCCCUGCAUUCGGACUGUCUCCGACACCUCUAUUUUGUUGUAAAACUAACUUGCCAAAUAGAUUUUUUCGUAAAACGUGUUACUGUUGUCAAGAAACCUACUUGAAAGAGAGAAACUUGCUGAUAUUCGGUUUGGGAUAUCUUGGAAAAGAAAUAGCUGUGCAGCUUGGUAAGAACAAUCAAGGUAUCGGGAAUAAUCAAUCUUAUGUUUUGGGAAUAGCUAGACAAGGUUGGAAAGUAACUGGAACUAAAAGGAAACAACUAGUGGACAAUGAAUUAGUAGAAAGGUAUCACGCUUCUUGUUGGUUUGAAUGCGAGAGAUGGUUACUGUUCCUUUGUAGUGGUGUCGAGGUUAUCGAACUGGACACUGAAUCUUGCACCCAACUGAGUGAAACUAUCUUGCAGAAAUUGAAUUUAGCAAAUUACAUAUUGGUAUGCAUACCUGCGAACCAUCGAGGAGAUCCUCUGCUGAGCCAAUUGACUGAUAAAGUCAACUUGCACCAUUUGUCCAAAGAAAGAAUUCGGUGGAUUGGAUAUAUUUCUUCCACAGUGGUUUAUGAACCUAGCGAGACGGAUAGUUGGAUUGAUGAAAGUGCCUCCUUAGCUAGACAUGUGAAGAAGGCAUCGUAUUACAUUCUGGCGGAAAAGCAAUGGCAAAGAUGGACAAAUGAUGCCGAUAUCCGUCUCGUGAUAUUUCGCUUAUCUGCACUUUAUGGUCCCUGUAGAAGUGCAUUGGAUACUUUGAUUAGAAUACGUUUGCUCCAUGGAAGUGUUGAAGACUUUUUGCAAUCGUCCUCUUUUGUUGGUGAUGUUUUGGUUUCACGAAUUCACCUAAUAGAUGCUUGUGAGAAGGUUAUUGCUUCUAUGGUUGAUGAGUCGAUGCUUCCUUUCAAUCCUUGCAUCGUCAAUCUUUCAGAUGACCUUCCUUCCACUCGUGCUGAAUGUUUUUAUCAUGCACUUGAAUUAUUGGAUGAAUCCACUGUGGAAGCAUGGAGUGCACUUCAUAUGAUUAGAGAAGAUAAACAAUCGUUUCCAAUUGGAGUAUCCUCUAUUUCACCCUUUCAAGUUGUUUACGGAGACAAACGAAUAAGGACACGGAUAUCGGAAUUGAAGAAAGGAAAACGUAUUCUUAAUCAACGAAUGAAAAAUCUGUUGGGUGAAUCCUUGCAUUUCCCAACUUUUUGCCAAGGCCUUUUGCAUGUAAAGAAUAGCAUUUUGAUUCGAUAUCGGAUAUUGGAAAAAAGUAUUGUUCAAUACUCGGGACAAGCUGAAGACCCCAAGGAAGACUCUGUAUAUAUCUGCAUUCACUCUAGUCUGCGCAACCACACUAGUUGCCAACUGGGAACGAAAGAAACUUUUGCAACGCCACAAAGUACUCGAGAAUUAUUUUUGGAAUGCAAUCCAAACUUUCAAAAUGUUCUGCCUCUUGAGUUAUUGCCUUGUGCUGCUGCAGUUCCUUCCGAUGGAUUGGAUGGCGCCAACCGUGGAAAGAGACCUUCUGGAAGUGACACGAGUGGAAAAAUUAGCUGGGAAGAAAUACGAGCUCGCUUUCUUCAAGCUCAGUCGCUUAUUCCUGGUGCCUCAACUCCAGUGUUAUUACAGUCAGAUAACAAAAUCUCCAUCAAGUUUAGUGCACGUACAGAGGCAGAUAUGUUUGACGUGUUGUUGACAGCACUCUCUGGAUUAUACUCAAGUACAGCAAAUAUGUCGGGUCUCUCUGGAAGCUUGUCGAAGAAUGAAAAUAAGCCUGAUAUUCGUAUAGAACGUGGAGCUUCUUCUGCUUCCAUCCAAAUAGCAUUUCUUGGAGAGUUUUCGGUCUAUACUUUUGUUCCUAGAGUGGGUCCAUUUAGUCCAGAGUUUUGUUUUGAAAAAUAUUCAACUACAUUAUCGGAAAGUGAGCUCCAAGCUCUUUUGUCAGCCUACGAAGCUGCACAAAGGCCUCGAAAUCACUAUGCUCGUCGAGCAAAAUCUCCAACUCGUUCUUAUCCAUUGCCUCCUUCUUUUUCUGAUGACUGGAAAGACACUGAUGAGUCUUCUUCUUAUUUAUAUAAAGGUGGUGGUGGUGGUGGUGGGAGCAGUGGAAUUCCAACAGUUCCUAGGGAAAAUAGUUUUGAUGAGCUUGAGGAAAAACUUUCGAGAUUUGGAGCAUCAGUUUAUCAUAGUGAAGAAUGUCUUUCAUGGGAUACUUUGGCAGGUUAUAAUGAACUGAAACAAAGAGUUGAAGAAACAGUGACAUUGGCAUUGAAAUAUCCUGAAGUGUAUGAUAUGAUUGCCAAAAAUACUCGCGAAAGAUUCGAAACAAAUCGUCCCAAGGCUAUCUUGUUUGAAGGUCCACCUGGAACAGGAAAGACAUCCAUGGCGAGAAUUAUCGCCAGCCGUGUUGGUGUUCCGUUUGUUCAUGUAACUAUGGAGAACGUUACCAGUAAAUAUUAUGGGGAUAGUGAAAAGCGUCUUGGAAAAAUUCUCAAAAUAGCGAAUGACUAUGGUCCUACUGUUAUUUUUGUGGAUGAGAUUGAUGCCAUUGCUUUAUCUAGAGACAAAGACCUUCAUGAAGCAUCUCGAAGAGUAAUGUCGGUAUUACUUCGUCAUUUGGAUGGUUUGGAAGGUCAACAACAAUCCAUAUUGAUUGCGGCAACGAAUAGGAAGAACGAUUUGGAUGCGGCACUCUUGUCUCGUUUUGAUAUGGUUUUCACUUUUGGCUUACCUGAUAUCAAGUCAAGGGAACAAAUUCUUGGUUUGUAUGCCAAGCACCUAUCGGAAAAGGAUAGAGAAACCUUGGCAAGUCUUACGGCAGGAUUUUCAGGAAGAACAUUACUAGAUGCUUGUGAAGAAGUGGAACGAAGGUGGGCUGGAAAAAUCAUUCGUGGAGAAGUGAAAACGAACGAGUUACCGCAAGUAGAGGAGUACGUUAAUGUAUUGAAAGAGCGCAAGUCGAAACAUUUCAUUGAGAAACCACCUUUUUUACGAGCUCCUGAAGGAGAUGAAAUAUUCUAAAGGAAAAUGGAAGACUUCACAAUACGGAGAUUGUAUCAUCGCAGAACAACAACAACGGAGAUGGUUGAUGAUGGAUGUCGUUUGUCUAUUGUCUAGUUGACUGUGUAUUUU